GUCGAGCCCCGCAAUCGCCAUUGGCGAACAGUCUUGUCUCUUCCUGCGAGCACCUCUUGAAGCUCAAACCAAGCUGAUCUUCUUCUUCACACAGAGCAGAGAGAGAGCAGAGAGCAGAGAUGGCGUGGAGCGCGACGAUGGUGGGAGCGCUGCUGGGGCUGGGCACGCAGAUGUACUCCAACGCCCUCCGCAAGCUCCCUUACAUGCGCCAUCCGUGGGAGCAUGCGAUCGGGAUGGGGCUCGGGGCGGUGUUCGUGACCCAGCUGGUGAAAUGGGACGCUCAGCUCCAGCAGGAUCUCGACAAGAUGCUCGACAAGGCCAAGGCUGCCAAUGAGCGCCGCUACUUCGAUCAAGAUGAUGAGUAGUAGCAUUUUAUCGUUCUGGUGGAUUUUUCAACCCUUUAUUUGGUGGGAUGCGGACACAUCUUUGCUAUACGGUGCUGUUCGAGUUUCAAGUAUGGAUUUUCAAUGUGAAUUGCGUUUUUUCCAAGCAGAACUCAAGCAUUGCCAUUAAUAAAAUUUUAAGAGGCUUACUUUUUGUGAUA